AUGAGGCACCUCCUGUUGGUGCUGCUGCUGCUGGGUGCCGUGUGGGCAGACGACAAGGAGGAGGAGGAGGAUGUGGGCACGGUGGUGGGCAUCGACCUGGGCACCACCUACUCCUGCUGUGUGGGCAUCUUCAAGAAUGGCCGGCUGGAAAUCAUCUCCAACGACCAGGGGAACCGUAUCACGCCAUCCUCCUACGUGGCAUUCACGCCCGAUGGGGAGCGCUUGAUCGGGGACACCACCAAGAACCAGCUUACAUCCAAACCCGAGAACACUGUGUUUGAUGCCAAGCGGCUCAUCGGCCGCACCUGGAAUGGCCCUUCCGUGCAGCAGGACAUUGAGUACCUGCCAUUCAAGGCUGUUGAGCAGAAAGCCAAGCCCCAUAUUCAAGUCGAUGUUGGAGGUGGACAGACAAAAAUCUUUGCUCUUGAAGAAAUUUCUGCUAUGGUCCUGACAAAGAUGAAGGAAACUGCAGAGGCUUACCUGGGGAAGAAAGUUACCCAUGCUGUUGUUACUGUGCCAGCCCACUUCAAUGAUGCUCAGCGUCAGGCUACAAAGGAUGCUGGUACCUUUGCUGGGCUGAAUGUGAUGAGAAUCAUCAAUGAGCCAACGGCUGCUGCCAUUGCUUAUGGACUGGACAAGAGCGAGGUCGAGAAGAACAUCCGGUUUGACCUGGGUGGUGGAACACUCACCCUCCUCACCAUUGACAAUGGAGUCUUUGAAGUUGUGGCUACUAAUUGUGGAUGCCGAAGGACCUGCGGACGCGGCACCCGGAACGAGCCCUGGAGUUCUCAUCGCUCUCACUGGCGGCAAACCAUGGGAUAAGUAAACAAGCCCUAGCUACACAGCACCUGGGCCAUGAUAAGAGGAAGAAAAGGAGAGAGCGCUGAAGGCCAGCCGGGUUGCUAAAGAUGACUAGCUUGUCUUGGUUUACACCAUGUAUGGUAUGUGGUAUGUGUGCUAUGUGCUGUGUAAUCACAUGAUAAGGAUGUAGCAGUGGGAAAUUGCUAGCUCUGUUGCAGAGGGUAUUUAAGGAGGCUGCUGCCUAAAAUAAAGCGAUUUCGUUUGUGCACCGAACGGAGUCCAUGCCUAAUUGCCACAAAUGGUGCCCCGUGUGAGACGGAGCGAUUAACGAGGUUUGACCAGUGGCGAGCCCCACAGAACUUAAGUGCUGCUGAAAGGAAGCAGGAGCCGGCUUCAAUCAUCUCGUCAAGAGAGGUGAGCUGUGGGGAGCUAUGGGGAGUAACAAAUCUUCAGAAGAAAAAUCGGGACUAGGGCUAAUGGAGGGACUCUUGCGGAAACAUCACGUAUAUACGAGCCUCCAGACCUUAAAAAAGAUACUGAAAUGGGUCUCUGUUAAUUGCGAUGGUGUCAGUGCAAUCGCUAUUUUUAGUAUAAAAAUGUGGGACGCAGGAGGGGUUAAACUUUGGGCCAGAGCCACGAAGGUGGACAAGGUUGCCCCAGGUAGAUAGACCAGGGUGGGCCGUAGAACCGAUGGAAGUCCUGAAAUAUUGGGGGAGUUUUCACCAGCCGACACGCUUACGCUCUCGGGAACGGCUCGCCCGUGCAGGGCGUAUGGCUGGCUGUUCGUUGUUUGUCUAUAAGAUCAUGGUUGAUCAGGAGAAGGAGC